GCUACAGGUUUUGUCAGAGGGGAAAUCUGAGCCAUUUCUCUGUGGACAGCUGCAUUUAAAAGUCUGGACAAGUUGCUGCUCAGUUUUGCACGGGCUGCCAGGAUUUUGUGGAAGUAUAAUACUUUGUCAUUAUGAGAUGUCGUCUCUCGGUACCUCCUUUGUGCAAAUUAAAUUUGAUGACUUGCAGUUUUUUGAAAACUGCGGUGGAGGAAGUUUUGGGAGUGUUUAUCGAGCCAAAUGGAUAUCACAGGACAAGGAGGUGGCUGUAAAGAAGCUACUCAAAAUAGAGAAAGAGGCAGAAAUCCUCAGUGUCCUCAGUCACAGAAACAUCAUCCAGUUUUAUGGAGUAAUUCUUGAACCUCCCAACUAUGGUAUCGUCACAGAAUAUGCUUCUCUGGGAUCACUCUAUGAUUACAUUAACAGUAACAGAAGUGAAGAGAUGGACAUGGAUCACAUCAUGACCUGGGCCACUGAUGUAGCCAAAGGAAUGCACUAUUUACAUAUGGAGGCUCCUGUCAAGGUGAUUCACAGAGAUCUCAAGUCAAGAAAUGUUGUUAUAGCUGCUGAUGGGGUAUUGAAGAUCUGCGAUUUUGGCGCCUCUCGGUUCCAUAACCAUACAACACACAUGUCCUUGGUUGGAACUUUCCCUUGGAUGGCUCCAGAAGUUAUCCAGAGUCUCCCUGUGUCUGAAACUUGUGACACAUAUUCCUAUGGUGUGGUUCUCUGGGAAAUGCUAACAAGGGAGGUCCCCUUUAAAGGUUUGGAAGGAUUACAAGUAGCUUGGCUUGUAGUGGAAAAAAACGAGAGAUUAACCAUUCCAAGCAGUUGCCCCAGAAGUUUUGCUGAACUGUUACGUCAGUGUUGGGAAGCUGAUGCCAAGAAACGGCCAUCUUUCAAGCAAAUCAUUUCAAUUCUGGAGUCUAUGUCAAAUGAUACUAAACUUUCUGACCAGUGUAACUCCUUCUUGCACAACAAGGCAGAGUGGAGGUGCGAAAUUGAAGCAACUCUCGAGAGGCUGAAGAAACUGGAGCGGGAUCUCAGCUUUAAAGAGCAGGAGCUCAAAGAACGAGAAAGACGUCUGAAGAUGUGGGAGCAGAAGCUGACGGAGCAGUCCAACACCCCGCUGCUGCCUUCCUUUGAGAUUGGCUCAUGGACCGAAGAUGACGUGUAUUUUUGGAUUCAGCAGCUCGUCAGAAAAGGUGACUCUUCAGCAGAGAUGAGCGUAUAUGCAAGCUUGUUUAAGGAAAACAACAUUACGGGAAAGCGACUGCUGCUUCUGGAGGAAGAAGACUUAAAAGACAUGGGCAUUGUCUCCAAGGGGCACAUCAUUCAUUUAAAGUCAGCCAUUGAGAAGUUAACCUAUGAUUACCUAAACUUGUUUCACUUCCCACCACUCAUUAAGGACUCAGUAGGUGAACCUGAAGAAAAUGAGGAAAAAAUAGUGAACCUUGAACUUGUUUUUGGUUUUCACUUGAAACCAGGAACUGGCCCACAGGAUUGUAAGUGGAAAAUGUAUAUGGAGAUGGAUGGGGAUGAAAUUGCAAUAACGUACAUCAAAGAUGUAACAUUCAACACUAACCUACCUGAUGCAGAGAUUUUAAAGAUGACAAAGCCCCCAUUUGUAAUGGAGAGGUGGAUGGUAGGAAUAAUGGAAGAUCAGACUGUGGAAUGCACUGUCACAUAUGAGAGCGAUGUUAGAGCUCCAAAAAGCACUAAACAUGUCCACUCAAUUCAGUGGAGCAGUACAAAACCCCAGGAUGAGGUGAAGGCUGUCCAGCUCGCCAUUCAGACACUGUUCCUCAACUCAGAGGGCAACCCUCGGAGCAGGUCUGACUCAAGUGCUGAUUGCCAGUGGUUAGAUACUCUGAGGAUGCGGCAGAUUGCAUCCAACACUUCUUUACAGCGCUCCCAGAGCAAUCCUAUUCUGGGGGCACAAUUCUUCCCAUACUUCAAUAACCAGGAUUCCUAUGCUGCUGCUGUGAGGCGGACCCAGGUGCCCAUUAAGUAUCAACAGAUUACACCUAUAAACCAAUCCAGAAGCUCCUCUCCUACUCAGUAUGGACUGACCAAAAACUUCUCUUCUCUACAUCUCAACUCCAAGGACAGUGGCUUUUCUAGUCUCACUACUGACAACUCUUCAGAGAGGGGUCGAUACUCAGGUAGAAGCAGGGACAAAUACGGUCGUGGUAGUGUAUCACUCAAUUCUUCUCCUAGAGGAAGAUACAGUGGAAAAAGUCAGCAUUGCACUCCUUCGAGAGAAAGAUAUUCUGGAAAAUUCUACAGGGUUUCUCAGUCAGCACUCAAUACUCACCAGUCACCUGACUUCAAGAGAAGCCCAAAUGACCACCAUCAACCCAGGACCAUACCAGGGAUGCCUUUGCACACUGAGACUAACUCAAGAGCUAGUGAAGAGGAGAGCAAAGGCAGCGAAGGAGGAUGGACCAAAGUAGAAUACCGUAAGAAACCCCACAGGCCUUCUCCCACCAAGACCAACAGAGAAAGAGCCAGGGGAAACUGCCGUGGAAGGAGAACUGUUUGAGGAGUUGAACUAGAU